CCGCCCGCGCUGCCCAGGACUGCGGAGGAGCCUGCGCUAGUGGCGUCUCCGCCGAGUCCCCGAGGCUCGGUGCCACCUGCGCGCCUCCCCGCGCGCCUGAAGGCUGUCCGCCCGCGAACAGGACCAGCGGGCUCCACGAAGCUUGGAUCCUCUUUGAAAGCACGGAAAAAUAGGGGAGAAAAAAGAACCCCAAGAGCAGGCUUCCCCAGCCCAUACCCGCUGCCCUUCCAGUUCCCCAAGUUUUUGAAAGCUGGCCACUCUGACCCCGGUUCCAGAAAAUUGGCAGCCACCGCGACCUGGGUCCGAGAAGGCGAACACUCCACAAGCUCCCAGAUACAGCGGGGCGAGACUGAGGGCGGGUUGGAAGCGUGUCCCGCACAUCCGAGGCUUGACGCUGGGCGCUCACGCGGCUGCCACCGCAGGGGCCACUACAGACCCAGCCUCGCACUUCAAGGCCGCCUACCGCUGGCCAUCACCAUGUCCACCCCCGCGGCCAAUGCGUCUGCCUUCUUGCUCACGAACAGCCCGAACAGCCCGGUGACCAUCCCAGCGGUGAUGUUCAUCUUCGGGGUGGUGGGCAACCUGGUGGCCAUCGUGGUGCUAUGCAAAUCGCGCAAGGAGCAGAAGGAGACGACCUUCUACACCUUGGUGUGCGGGCUGGCGGUCACCGACCUGCUGGGCACGUUGCUGGUGAGCCCAGUGACCAUCGCCACCUACAUGAAGGGCCAGUGGCCCGGCGGCCAGCCUCUGUGCGAGUACAGCACCUUCAUCCUGCUCUUUUUCGGCCUGUCGGGCCUCAGCAUCAUCUGUGCCAUGAGCAUCGAGCGCUACCUGGCCAUCAACCACGCCUACUUCUACAGCCACUACGUGGACAAGCGGCUGGCGGGCCUCACGCUCUUCGCGGUCUACGCGUCCAACGUGCUCUUCUGCGCGCUGCCCAACAUGGGCCUGGGGAGCUCGCGGCUGCAGUACCCGGAGACCUGGUGCUUCAUCGACUGGACCACCAACGUGACGGCGCACGCCGCCUUCUCCUACAUGUACGCGGGCUUCAGCUCCUUCCUCAUCCUCGCCACCGUGCUCUGCAACGUGCUGGUGUGCGGCGCGCUGCUCCGCAUGCACCGCCAGUUCAUGCGCCGCACCUCGCUGGGCACCGACCAGCACCACGCUGUCACCGCCGCGGUAGCCUUCGCCUCCACCGCCAGCCGGGGCCACCCGGCCACCGCCUCCCCCGCCCUGCCGCGCCUCAGCGACUUUCGCCGCCGCCGGAGCUUCCGCCGCAUCGCGGGCGCCGAGAUCCAGAUGGUCAUCUUACUCAUCGCCACCUCCCUGGUGGUGCUCAUCUGCUCCAUCCCGCUCGUGGUGCGAGUGUUCGUCAACCAGUUGUAUCAGCCAAAGUUAGUGCGAGAAAUCAGCAAAAACCCGGAUCUGCAGGCCAUCCGGAUCGCCGCGGUGAACCCCAUCCUGGACCCCUGGAUAUACAUCCUCCUGCGGAAGACGGUGCUCAGCAAAGCCAUGGAGAAGAUCAAGUGCCUCUUCUGCCGCAUCGGAGGCUCCCGGCGCGACCUCCCGGGCCAGCACUGCUCCGACAGCCGCCGGGCCUCCUCCCCCGCGUCCGGCCACUCGCGUUCCUUCCUGUCCCGGGAGCUGCGGGACGUGAGCAGCACCUCGCAGACCCUCCUCUACCUGCCGGACCUCAGCGACCACGGCCUGGCCGGCGGCGGGAACCUGCUGCCCGGCGUGCCCAGCGCGAGCCUGCCCCCGGCCCGGGCGGACACCACCUCCCUGCGCACCUUGCGCGUCUCGGAGACCUCGGACUCCUCGCAGGGGCAGGACUCGGAGAGCCUGCUGGUGGACGAGGCGGCGGGCAGCGCGGCGCCCAAGUGCAGCGGCCUGCAAGUCCCGUUUCCCAAGGAAACGCCGAACUUAUCGGAGAAGUGCAUAUAGUAGCGAAGGACAGCACUGCUGCGCGGUUUCUGGAAGCUUCUAAAACCCUGUGCAACGGACACACAGUGAAGAGUUGAGCUGUGCGCAGA